CUUCGAAGUUGUUUGAGUCGCGCUACGUGACGAAAUCUGAUACUCUUUCCUAAAGCCAACCACAUCAUUUUGGAGGUACAUUUACAACGAGAUUCUGCUUUGAGAAUGUUCUAUGAACAAUAAUGAUCAGAGUUACGUCGCAGAGGUGACAAGAGAGAACGUUUACUUAGCGAGUCGUAAGGUAGGAUAACCUCUAACUUUCAGAACACCUUAAAGUUAUGUAAUACUUACAUUGUACGUUUAACUCGAUAAUACUUGGUGAUGUGAAGAAACUACUUCGAAAUGAGCAUUGGUAACGAGUGUGAUCUUCUUCGGCUACGUUCAUAACAUUCAAAGUCCUGUCCGAAAUGAAAAUGUGUUGGGGAUGAUCGUAAAUGACUUUGCUUCCAAUCAAUGUUGAGUUGAUGGCUAAUCCAGCCCAUUCAUCACUGUUGUAAGGUUGUUCUCUGGACCAGGUCAGCAAAUGAAAUAUAUCAGCUUGUUGUUCUUCUUGAGGAGUCAGCACAUAAUCGCAUGGCAGUGAAACAUUUGAGCCGGCGACUACGUUGAUUACAUGGUUUGCCUGUUGCUGAUAAGACCAUUGAAAUCCUUCUGAAAUCGAAACCAUAAAGGCUAUGAGUCAGACAUAUUCAAACUCGACUACUAAAAGAGGACCGUUUUCAUGCGGCAAACAUAUCAGUAUUGGCGACAUGGUUUGUAACCGCCGCUCGCGUAAAUGAUACAAUCAAACCAAACUAUUUCAAAACUAAUUUCAACAUCACUUGCCCAGUAAAAUUACACAGUUCAGAAAAAAUAGUAGCACCCAGGUGGUAUUGGAACCCUCCAUUCUUCACGCAAUCUUCUUGAAGAGGAACUCCGACAUAACUCUUUGUAUAUUUAUUUGUGUUAGUGACAAACUCUCUAGUCCCUCCUCCACUGACGUCAAACACUUUCGCCGAGCUAUUGUUUAAAAAAAUUCAAUCAUGCAUAGAAUAGACAGGAAAUGACAACAUUCCGAGGAUGACUGAUACAGCUUUUGCUUUAUUUGUCACUCUAUGUCUAAUUUUAGUCCCAGCUUCAUUUGAGACGAACUAAACAUUUGAGAAGCCAACUCAUGUGACUUUUUUUUUAAUUUUACUUUUUAUUCCUAAUUAUUUUUUAAUAGUUAUCGUUUGCAGUGUUCAGCAGGUGAUAUUCAAAAGGAGUAAAAGUUAUUUUUCUCAAAGAUACCUGCUCGCUCGAAAAAAGAUUUCAGGCCGUACAGAUUUUCUGAAUACUAUAUGUAAAAUAUACGAUAUUGAUUCAUGUUUGUCAAGGAUCAAGGUAGAUAACGUUUUGAUUGGAAAAAUAUAAGGUAUAAAGGUUGUCAGUCCAAACAAAAUAAUAAUUGCGGUGGACUUUGUAACAUUCAGGGGUAAUUUUAAUUGGAAGCUACUAGACAACGCUGUGAUGUGCAGAUGUCUUACUUUUGCUCGACGACGGAAAGCGACAGAACCGUCUAGUAUGCCUAGCUGGGAAAUUGAAUGCAAGUUUCAAAUUUUGCGGAUUUUGCUUGAUCUGCAAAUAUGGGUACACGCUGAAAAAAAUACGCAGUGGAAUAUAACGCCGCAAAAAAUUAUUCUUAGUCCAAUACAAAAGUCGAGGGAAAUAACGCGGAUAAGUGGUUAUUCAUUCAGUAUUCUGAUUUCUUUGUUGCGUCAAAUAUUUUGCGAAGUGGUUGUUUACCUUCCUAGAUUAUCCAGAAUUCAGUUAACUUUCCAAAAAAACGUUCCGCGAAUCUUAAAAUCGCCAAUUUGCGAUAUGAAAUUACUGCAAAGCUGAGCAGCUUUUUCAGCCUUUUCACAUGUUUUCCAUUUAUGUUUUCCCUCUUGGAACAAUAGCAAUACUGUGUGCUUUGUCUGUAAGAGAUUUUAGCACAUGUACGACAUCUUUGUGCCUGAUUAUUUCUCUUGUAGCUGUGUCAGUGCGAGUGUAAAACUGUGAGUUUUAGAUGGCGUUGUCAGAUCGGCCAUGUCGUGUCGACGACUGACUGAGACGUAUAACAAAGUCCUUUAUUCCAUUUGCAAUAAUAAGAACUGAGAUUUAACCGGUAGGUUAGACAAUGUUAUGCAGGGUGUUUGGGUUUUUUAAUUUAACAAAAAAAAUAGACCGUCGUCGAAGAUUUGAAGUCUGUAAAUAAAAAAUGCAUUUUAAAUUUGUGCGUUGAAAAAAAUCAACGGAGUUGAGUCGAAAGAAAGCGUUCACAACUUAAAUCUGUGGUUAGCAUUUUAUUCUAUUUCCGCCAGUUAAGGAAAUAUAUUGUGGCUUAAUAUUGAUUCCGCGUAAUGCUAAUGAGUUUUAAUGUAUUCCGCAGUCUUGUGUUGCAAGUCAUCAUGAGGUGUUUCCGUCUGGAAAUAACACUAAAGGUGUGGUAUAAAAGAAUUUGAUAUUUCCGGGUAGAACUUUGAAUACUUCAUGCGCGUGAGAUAGUCCACGUUAGUCACGCACUUAAAAUUCGUGACGCUCUCUUUAAAGAAAAACAAAGAAAGGGUGCAUUCACAUGUACCCAAGUUUAAUUGUAGCAAAAGACACGAGCGUGCACCGAAUUGAAGAGGCCUCGUCGCAGUGGGAACGGAGAUUAAUUAGAUCGUGAAAAGAUGGUUAAUCAGCACGUUUCUUAUGUUAUUAAGGUGAACUGGAACUACUGCCACAAGUUUAAAUAAGAACCUCCAAGGCAUUGUUGAUCAUGGAUAACUCCCUGACAGUUUGGACGUUUUUUUCGCUGUUUUGGCUUUCAGGUAAGCCAGGGUGUAAUAACUCUCAAAACAUAUUUUUAUAUAUAAGAAUCAGUUUUUUCCUUUUACUCACUUUUUACCCUCUCUUAUUUUUCGAAGAAUCUCUGUCUUGGACCAUUAAACAGCCCGACAGUGUAUACAGAGGAUCACCGAUCACACUGGAAUGGACAAUAUCACUAACAAAAGAAGAAAGGAAAAGAGCUGAUCGCUUUUCUUUGAUUCUCUUAGAACGUGAGAAGUUUCUUUAUAGCAAUCAGUGGCAGAUCAUAGCUGUUAAACAAUAUUAUAAUGGUAUUUAUCAGGAAAUCGAUGAUGAGGACACUUUUGAUGUGAUUCCUGGAAAGGACAUGGCGCUCAAAUUGAACAAUGUUACAGACACUGAUGCUUCUCGAUUUCGCUGCACAUUUCUGAGCUCAUUUGCUUCUCCGAAGAGCAUCAUUGAGGUGGAAAUAGAAGGUGAGUCUUUGUCGUUUGUGGACGUCUCUAUUCUUUAGAUGUAAUACGUAAUCUUUUAGGCGCAUCCCUGACCUUCUGGCAGGGCAUAUCACAAUUUCAACAUGUCUCUGAAUUUACCUAGCGGUUUAUCUGGUUCCAGGAAGCUAACAUCAGCACUGCUUUUCAAGGAACAUUUGCAUAAUGUUUGUCUGCGGAGUUCGUUCAAUAUAUAUAGUCAGCCAGUGGAAAAAGAAACCUCUCAGCGUCAAUAACCUGCCUUGCACCACCAUUUUCCAACAGGGCAGCGGAGUACUCUGUACACUUUUAAUAAGGGAUGAUACUUAUGUUAUUUAUUUUUUGUUUUAGAUUCUCCAGUAUACGUACGUCUUAUGGACGGAACUACUCCCAAUAAAGGCCGAGUAGAAGUGUACCGAAAUGGAUUUUGGGGCACCAUCUGUAGAGACGGUUGGGAUAUCCUGGAUGCCUCAGUUGUUUGUCGGAUGUUGGGUUAUGCGGGAGCCUGGAAAGCUGGCUGUUGUGAGGAUUAUCUGGGAGGGACUGGUCCAGUGUGGCUAAGUGAAAUUUCAUGUACAGGAACAGAGAAGUCUCUAUUAGAAUGUGAUCACAGUGGUUGGGGUGUCAAUAACUGUGAUCAUAGAAAAGAUGCUGAGAUCGUGUGUUACAGUCCACCGACAGAAAAACCGUCUCACUAUGUGAGUUUAAAAACCGUGUCAACAAGAACACAGAAAUCUCUUUUCUCUAGCACAAAAGCAGUUACAUCCACAACGGCUCAGUCCAUUUUGACACAGGUGUCCCCACCAAUACCCUUCAGCCCAACAUCAAUAGAAUUCCAGAAAUCGUCAACCCACACUGUUCGUGUAACAGAAACUAUAGAAGUAUCUCCAAGUUCAUCGUCAUUGGCCGUCAUGUCCAGCUCUGUUAUUGCCCCCUUAAAUCCCAGUAAGUAGCCUCCAGUCAUAUUUGCAGCCUGUUAACAAUUGUUUAUAUGCAAUCACUGUCCAAGGCUUUGGCAUGAUUAUAGACGUUCAGGUGUGUUUGCAUUCUGUUGUCAGAUGUGGCGAUCAAUUUCUGUUUAAUUAAACUCGGCUCCCGAUUAGAAAAGUAAUUAAGAAUGAGAUCAAUCAGGAACUUCUAUAGGUGUGUGCUUAGUGUAGAGAUUAACGUCUAGAGAGCACAUUUUUCAAACCCAUUUGAAGAUGAUAGGAUACAAAAGAACGUUUUCAGGCAGAGACUCACCAUGCAGUUCUCUUUUACAGACAUGUAUACCAUAAAAUGAAAAAUGAGUCGCUCUGUUAUGACAUAAUUGUACAGCUCAACACUGACUGCGUGUAGGUAAGUGCGUAUUCAACAGUCACGAUCACAAUUUUGAUUUCUUUAAACAGUUUUAUAUAUUGAGCUGUUGAAUGGUGGUGGUCACCCAAAUCAAGGUCGUGUUUCACUUUACUACAAUGGCCAGUGGGGAACAGUAUGCCAAGAUCAUUGGGACAUGAAUGAUGCGAACGUAGUGUGUCGAAUGCUGGGAUACCCAGGAGCUUUUGACUUUACAAACAGAACAGUUUUUGGUAGUGCUAACGAUGGGCCAAUAUGGCUUGAUGACGUCAACUGCACGGGAAAUGAGAGCACGCUUGCAGCUUGUCCACAUGCUGGCUGGGGAAAAAGUAACUGUGAUCACACGAAAGAUGCGGGGGUGAAAUGUGACUUUAAUUACACUGUAAAGGCAAAAGGUAAGGCAGAAAAUAUUUACAAACUCUGCAAAUUCAUCAAAUCCCUGUAUGUCAGCUUGUGUGUUAAGUAAUCGAUUUGUACUUCAAAAGAAGCAAAGAAGAAGAAAUAUCUGAAACUCUCUCUGCAGAUGCAAGCUGCUCAUUUGACACUUGGUAUUGCGGCUGGGAGAAUGGACCAGGCAGCCAGGGGUUAACGUGGACUAGGAAGUUUGGCCCAACGAUAUCACAUGAAACCGGACCAUCCCAAGAUCACACCUCUGGUAGUGGUAAGGAAAGCUUCAUACCGAGGAAUGUGACUGAGUGAUAAUGAUACAAUCGAACUUUUUCGUGAGGUAUUUUGCUAUUGGAAAAAGCUCUCACUCUUUAGGCUCACGCCCAAAUAAAAUGAUUAAAAUUCUUUUAUUUGUCGACCGAACUGAAAAUCAACCUUUUUUCCUGGUGUUUUUGUUUCAUUAUUGAAUGUUCAUGCAUUUGUGAAAAUCACAUCUGUCAUUAAGUAUCAUUAACAUUAUUAAUCGCCCAAGGGAUGUCAGGCAACACUCUUGUGUUACAUCCAAGAGUAAACAUAAUUACCCUUAUUUCAUUGUAGUUCUUUCCACAAUGCAGGUUUUUAUUUUUACAUUGAGGCAUCUGGACGAAGUAGGGGUGAAGUUGCUUCACUCGUGUCUCCACACAUACGAAGUGAUGAAAACACCACGUGUAUGGUAUUCUUCUAUCAUAUGUAUGGACAGUCCAUUGCUACACUCACAGUGAAGGUUAAAGAUCAAGUUUUGUGGCAGUUGUCAGGCAACCAGGGAAAUGCUUGGUACAGAGCAACUGUGCCCCUUAAUUUCAAUGCAACUUACAGGGUACGGUAUAGCUGAUCUUUUCACAACCAUUCGUCACCUGUAUGAAGUAAAGUAUUUCAAGACGAACGUGUAUGUGUUUGUUUUUGUUGUUGUUGUGUUUUCACCCCUUUCCACUCUAUUCUUGUUUGUUUUAGGUGAUGUUUGAGGGUGUUGUUGGUAGCACUGCACGCAGUGAUAUCGCUAUCGACGAUGUCGAGUUCCAGGAAAAUACAGAAUGCGAAAAGACAGCUGAAACGUUAGGUAAGUAGACCGCUGAAUUUCGAAAUUAUGCCAUGCUACUGAAAUAAUUUUUGGUAUUACCAGGUACGAUGUAAAUAUAAAAAGAGUUGCAGUUGCAAUUGAACUCGCUGUUCCCGUUGGCAGUUCCCGCCAAGUGCUUCUGUCAUUUCCUUCCCUCCUAGAGGAAGUAUGGUCGAGUGAAGAACGCCUUGUACUAGCUCUAAAUCCAGAGAUCCCCGGGCUCGAGAAUCGCUCUGAUCGUUAGAUGGGAUUGUUCCUUGCCAGUUGAAAUCUACGACCACGCUUGCUAACGCCAACUAGUAUGCCUCUUGCUAGUUGGGGUUUUCAAUCCUGUCACGCUUGAAUACUAUUAAUAAUUUUUAGUUAUUUGAGUGCGUUUAAUUAGUGGACCACGAUGAAAACUACAAUGUCAUCAGUAGUUGUAUCACCCUUAAAAAUUAUUUUAAUCAGUGAUGGUGUGAAUGACGGUCAAUUUGAUGGCAUCAUACUUGUAAGACCCUUGGACAUUACCUUUCUUGAUAACGAUCCACGAUCUAUAAUUCGGGAAACUCGAUUGAACGAUUUUAACCACUUUAGUUCCUCUUUCGAAGCAUACAUUUGCUCAUACUCAUACUUUUUCCUUAUUUUCAGUUUCGCCAAAAAUCAUUUGGAUUUCCCCAAAUCGAACAGCUGAACUUGGUAGUGAUGUUACAUUAGUGUGUACCGUAACUGGUCUCCCCACACCACUUGUAGUAUGGAAAAAAAAUGGAAAACUUGUUUCGGAGAGUCAGGUGACUGGUAACGUCACUCUAUUGAACAUCACUCAGUCAGAUAUUGGCAGUUAUGAGUGCUGGGCAAUUAAUGAUGCGGCAACUGAUAUGAGAGCUACAGUACUCAACGUUUUAGGUUGGUGGAUAAAUUUUCUUGACUUAUAUUUUGGAGUGCGUAAAAUGUAAUUGCGUACAUUUCAUGAAGUGAAAUGGUCAAAACUCAGAUAAGUUGUGAACGCAGCGAAUUUAAGGACUCGUUAAUCUUCGAAUACCCAGAAAUAUACCUAUAAUACGAAUACCUAUAUUUCACAUUUUGAUGUUCUGGAAAGUGCAAAUACCCCCCCUCCCCCCCCCCCCCCAGAGAAUCAGAGAACAGCGUCUUGUUUGCUUAAAAAUCAGUUCGAUAAGCAUGAAUUGUUAAAUGUCCUUGAAAUUCCGGAAAAUGCAAAUGACUGUCUAGUCUUUUGGAAUGACCUCCGAAAAAUACUGAAACUGUGAGUGUGAGAAGCGCAAUCUGGACCAGAUAUCUUCUAGUAAUUGUGCCCCCAAUCAAAGACUUAGCUUGUAUCAAAUUAAUCAACUUGUUUCAUUCUCUGAAGGAUCUCCGAGGAAAAUAGUAAUCACCACGAACGUGUCUUGUAACGCGGCCAUCCUUGGUGACUCUGUUGCCAUACGGUGCUGGUCUCGUGGCUACCCUGCUCCACUCUGUGGCAUAUAUCGCGAUGGUUACUUACUAAGCGCCAAUGGAGGUGUUUAUGUAAUUGACAACUUCACUUCUUUGGACCAAGGAGUCUACAUUUGCAACUGCUCAAAUGUUGCUGGUGCAGCGCAGGCAAACUUUUCCCUCACACUCUAUGGUAAGUGGGUCUGUAAUUAUAUUCUUGUCUUAGAACCAACAAGUGGGAGAAUAGUUGACUUCAAAUGGGAUAUAGUUGUUUGGUAGUAUGUGUAAACGACGAUCUUGUGAUUACCCGGGUCCUUAAAUGUUAACCAAUGAUAAUAAUCACCUUAUUUCCAGAGGGUAACCGUCAACAGUAUUUCAACUGAUGAACAAGUGGUUCUCUAUCCUAUAUUUGAAAUACACUAUACAAUGUGGAACUAGACAGGAAGGGUCUAAGAAUUGCUUUUUACUCUACAGAGUCCCCAGCUAUCCACACCAUUCAUCCAGCCUAUCAACUUGUGAACGAAACAGAUACAUUUGAGUUUUUUUGUAAUGCGACGGGAAAUCCACCCCCGACAAUAACAUGGCGGAAAGUUGGCGACACUAGAAAAGUGCAUUCCAUAGGACAAACACUGGUAAUACACAAUGCUUACAAAUCAGACUUUGGCAGCUACCGAUGUACCGCAAUGAGUGUUCGCGGUGAGAAUGUGUCAGCUGUUGCUCGAGUGGAGAUGGAUAACUGUGAGUCCAAUUUCUGUUUGUAUUGUAGUUGGUCACAUGAAAUAAAAUGUUCCAGCUUUGACGGAGGCGACAAAUCAAUGUCAGCCUUACUUCACCUAGAUUUUGUCGUUCUCCUCGAUUUAUUCAGGAAAACAAAAUAAGAGGAAAUAAACAAGAGUGAUUCUCCAGAAUGACUUACACGGCAUCGUUUAGGCUGGGCCCAAAGUAUUAGCACCUCUAACGGUGUUUGUCAGGUAAUGCCCUUCCUCACCCCCCACACUCUCCCAACGAUCCAUUUCGUAUGAGAGCGACUGACAAUGUUGUUUGUAAAGAAGGCUUUUCACGCCGCUGUAUUAUGAUGUGAUACUCAAGAUUUGUGUUUUUAUAUAUUUUUAGUUUCGCCGACGAUCGAGUACAUUUGCUGCAACGUUACCGUUUUGGAAAAAGAAAGAAGAAAUGUUACAAUGUCCUGUAAUGCAACAGGAAGACCAGCGGCACAGCUGUCCUGGAUAAGAGUUGCAGAUGGUAAAACUUUGGUCACUGGGAACACUUUAGUAAUCUCAGCUGCUGGUCGGUCGCAUCGCGGUGAAUACAGAUGCGUCGGUGAUAAUGGAGUGCGAAGUCCUGUUUCUAAGUUGGCAUAUGUGAACGUGCUUUGUAAGUUCAGAAUGUUUUUUGUGGAAGUCACCAAGGCAAUAAUUGUUAGAGAUAUAUAAUCGUGAGUCCAGCUCCACUUCAAAUUUACAAAGACCCCGGCAUGAAAAGAAAAAUUGAUGCUAUCCACAGCAUCAUCGCGGAAUAUUUUUCCUAUUUUGCUGUUAUCAAGAAUGCUGUAUCUUUUUCCCAUAUUUUGUCCAUUCUAUGUUAGUACGCUACAAGUGCAUUGAGAUCUAUCUGAGAUCGAGAAUCGUUUUUAUCAUAUUAAGUCCAAAUGCUAGCGAGAAGGUGGAAGACUACACAACAAUUCGUGUUGUCCGUACUUUACACUUCAGCAAGUUCUUUGAAAUUAAUUAAGACGAUUUCUCGGGAGUCUCGAAUUUCAUAUUCGUCACAAAAACAGCGUCUAUUAAAGGAGGUGUGUUGCAUGGUUAAUAUCAAAAUCUCAAAUGGAUGUCUUUCUUUUCCUAUAGAUAAUCCAAUAACUACAAGAUUAACAACCGAUAAAUUAAAUGCAGUGGUACUAGGAAAUGGUCGCAUUGCAAUGACUUGCAUAACUGAUGCCAACCCACCGCCAAGUCAAUACCAGUUUUAUCGUAAUGGUGUCUACUUAAGAACUAGUUUUACAGGAGUACAUGUUAUUCACAAGGCCAGAUAUUUUGACGCAGGAAUCUAUCUAUGCGUACCACUCAACAUGCUUGGCUCUGGUUCAAACGGCUCUGUCAAGGUUUCGGUAGUUGGUAAGUAAGACGCACUCUUGUACCUUAAGUCAUCGCAACUCUAUGCGACUUGAAGUAAACUAAGCCUCAGCAAAAUUUGGCGAAAAAAACACUGGAGAAGGCCUCCAGCAACAAGCACAACAUCACACAAGUGAUCAACCUGGCGUUUUCAAUAUAGUCUUCUGAUUUGUGCCGAAAUAUAGAGAAACUAGUCCGAGGCUUGUGCUUUAUUUGACUGUCUUUUUCUUUUUUCAUAAGUUUUCACUAAAAUUAAAUGAAAUGCAAUCUAAAUUCCUUCACUUUUUAUCUACAGGUGCUUUUUCUAUCAUGUACUUUCCACAGAACAUGACCGUCAACGAAAGUGCAAGUGUGUCAUUCUUUUGUAAUGCUACUUCAUAUACCCCAUAUGACAAACUUGUUCCUCAAAUCUCUUGGAGUAAGCUUAGAGACAGCAGUAAAGUGUUCCCACCAGGUCAACAGCUUGUUAUAAGGAAUGUGAGUCGAUACGAUGGAGGUACAUACAUCUGCACAGCAAAGAACGGACUGGGGCUUCCUGAUACAAAAGCAGCGGUGCUAAGUGUUCUACGUGAGUAAAAACAUUUGACAUUAUGUGAAAACUAGGAUUGUCUUCAGUAACCAACCAAUUUGAUUGACUUGCAGACCCGGUUGUUAUUAUAUUCUGCAGAUAAACCAUACGACACCAAGCUUGGGGCAUCAGUUCCAGACAAUAUUGCAGUAUUAAACUCAUCUGUAAUAAUAACUUGUAGAGCAAAAGCCAACCCACCGGUCAUAACCUAUAAUAUUUACCACAAUGGCAUCCUGGUGUCCAAUGCAUCUAGUGGAAUUUACAACAUCACACACGCUCUGACUGAAGAUAAUGGAUCAUAUGUCUGUAUACCUUACAACGAGUUUGGUGAAGGCGAAAAGGCAGCUUUGAACGUGUCUUUUGUGGGUAUGUAAUUGUGUAAGACUCUCAGCCAUGAAUCCUUAUUUUUUGCAAAGAUUUUUGGUGGUUUUCAUUGUGUACUUGAUUUAGUUCAUCAUUGUCAUCGUCAUCUUUUAUUUGCCUUAUUUGCACAAAAUUUAUUUACAGCGGUUAUAGCUAGAAGGCGAGGAGACCCAGGAAGCCACCGAGCUUAUGGGAGAGCCACCUCACUUACAUUAAUAAAUAGAAAAGAAAAAGUGCUGCGAAUUUGCGGCUAGGCCAAUUCAGUGAUUAUUUAAGUAAAAACUCUUGCAUCUUCGUCUUAAAACUAGGAAGGUUUGACGAACGAGUGACUGAAACAGGAAGAGAGUUCCAAAUUUUAGGACCUUGGUAGAGAAUUGUAAAUUGCUUGAGAUUUGUACGGCACAAAUGCGUUAGAUAAUUACUGGCUGUUCUGGUACCAUAGUUGUGAAUUUGGCUAUUCGUUACAAAAAGAUUGAGAAGCAAUGGAGGCAAUAAGUUAUUUCUAUAAUAAAACGUGAAUUUGGCGAUUUCAAACGUAUUGACUUGGAAAAUAUUUAAAAUUCCUAGUUUGGAGAAUAAAGGAGCGGAAUGGGCUCGAUAGUCUGAGUUGGUGAUAGCCCGCACAGCUCGCUUUUGCAAGAAAUAAAUUCUGUUUAAGUUAGAUAUGUAUGUGGACGACCAGGCGCAGUUACAGUAGACGAUGUAAGGAUAAAUUAAGGUGUAGUACAAAGUGAGUUUGGUUGUAGAGGAUAGGAAAAAGCGAGACCUGAAUAUAAUACCUAUUGAUUUAGCGAUUUGUAGAUACAUAGUUGAUAUGAUGUUUCCAGGUGAGAUGAUCAUCAAUAUAGACCCCAAGGAAUUUAGUUAUGUUAGAGUGUUAAACGGUUUUAUCUCUAAAGGAGAGAGAAAUGCUGGAGUUAAAUUUCUUCUGUCUGGGUUUAAAAAUUACGUAGUUAGUUUUCUUUAUAUUAGUUACAACUUGGUUGCGCUCUAUUAGCGGAGGAAUCUCCCUCUGCAAGAUAUUUUCAGAUUCAUAACGUUCUUCAAGAGCAGAAGGUAAUGAUGAUAUGACCAAUAUUACUGGGGACAGUAAUCUUCAAGAAUGAUAUUAAUUUUGAACAGUCCGAUCGACAAAGCUAAUACUUAGAAAUAGUCCAUACACAGAAAGAUAACUUGUGUUUGGCUGGUUGUACUUGACAGGACCCUGUGGUGUUAAACGUGUGCAUCAUACCUGGUCGCCUCAGAUUGUGGGUGGAGCUUAUUCUAAACCAGGUGAGUGGCCAUGGCAGAUCCAGCUGGGAUACUUUGACAACACCGAAAGCAUCCCUCAUCUUUGUGGUGGCUCCAUCUUGGAUCACUAUUGGAUUGUUACGGCAGCACACUGUGUGAAAAGUGAAUUUGGUAAAAAAAUCCCCGCCAACUUUAAUGUCACUGCUGGUAAGUCAUGUUUUGUUGGUGCCGUUUUCAUCCAUUCGGUAGAACUUAGCCAUUGGCCCGCUCCAAAAUUGCAAUCUCUUGUUAUUUUAUAAUAGAAAGCUUGGUAUUUUCAUUAAGGCCGAGACACAGUUAUGUCGCAGUGUACUUACAGUGAUAAUAUAGCUUCCAUUGGUCUAGUAUUAUUACGUAUGUACGGUAAUAACGUCAGUUUUGUUGACAUGAUUAACGAAGACAGUUAUGACGACGAAAUUUAUGACCCAACCAUACCUCCUCUGUACGUUUAGUCCGUAUAAGAAUAUAAUAAAAUAUUGCAUACAAGAUUCUCAAAGGAUCGAAGUUUUGUAUUAGAAUGGGUUUGGGGUGAGUAAGGUACAGGAGGGGAUUCUUAACAUGCCUUAUGCCUUUUGAAAAUUUCCAUUGAGGAGGUUCUAGUUUACAUGCUCAUAGGUAUGACUGCUGGACUGUUUCCUUUCAUCGUCAGGUGAACUCCACAGAGGGGUCAGUGAAGGAAGAGAGCAAACUGUUCCUGUAAAGAAGAUAAUUUUACACCAAAACUUCGACCAGAAAACCUUACGAAAUGAUAUUGCUUUGAUGAAGCUCCAAAGACCAAUCUUCUUUGAUGCGCAUGUGUCACCAAUAUGCCUUCCAGACUUUGAUUUUGACGACGGUACCAAGUGUUACGUCACUGGCUGGGGUCGUUCUGGACCUCUUAGUUCGACGCCAGAAAUUCUUCAGGAGACUUCAAUUCCUCUUGUAGCUCACAGAGUUUGUCAACUGUAUUACAAACAGAAAAGAGUUAACAAUGUGACUUCAGACAUGCGCUGUGCUGGGACUCUGGGUCAGAGUCGAGGCACAUGUAAAGGUGACAGUGGUGGACCGCUGGCCUGUGAGAGAGACGGCCGCUGGUAUUUGAUGGGUGUUACAAGUUGGGCAAAUGAAGGCUGUAUGCAUAAAGGUGAUCCAGGUGUAUUUUCAGAUGUUUUGUACUUUAGGAGCUGGAUUGAAGAAGUCAUGAAGAACAAUACAAAGACAGCAGAGUAGAGCGGGUUGCAUAAGAACGUUGGAUUUAAGUUACAGAAAUAACACGAGUGGAUGAGAGGACAGAUAAAAGUUUUGAAGGUUUUAGUCAUUUCAUAUUCAAAUGAAUGCUAUGUUUUCAGAAAAUUAUCACAGAAUUUCAGUUAUAUUUGGAACUCUCUUGAAUAUUUUUGAACAAAGCUGUGGUAGCAUUUCAUAUGAGAGUCAGAAAACAGAUUCUUUGGUGGUAAAAACUCGAACAAUGAUUUGCUGU